UUGUUUACGGAGAACUGUACCCAAAAACCAAAGGAUUCAAAAGGAAAAAGCAAAUAAAUGGCAGUGAACAAAUUUAUGAAUCCCAUCACUUGUCCAUCUCAGAAACUGCCAUACGUAGCUCUACAGCAUCCUAUAUCCAGUCUUAGGCUCAAAUCUCCCAGUCUCUUCAUGGCCUCAACAAACAUGAAGAAACCUUUAAGAAUGGCUGAUAAGAAAGUGGGUUUUCAAGUCACUCACUCCAUUCCACAUCAAAAGUGUGAAGUCUUCAAAUCGAUGGAGAUGCAGGGUUGGGUUAAGAACAACAUUCUACCAUUGUUGAAACCCAUUGAAAGAAGUUGGCAGCCCCAAGAGCUUGUACCCGAUUCGGCCUCCGAUGGAUUCGAGGAGCAAGUUAAGGAACUGAGAAAGAGAGCAAUGGAGAUCCCAGAUGAUUACUUUGUUGCCCUUGUUGGAGAUAUGAUCACUGAAGAAGCUCUUCCAACAUAUCAUGCAAUUCUCAAUCGAUUAGUUGGAGUUGGUGCUGCAGCUGAUGCAAGCACCAAUUGUUGGGGCAUUUGGACAAGGGGGUGGACGGCUGAAGAAAACAGACACGGGGAUGUUCUAAAUAGGUAUCUUUACUUGUCUGGAAGGGUAAAUAUGAGUCAAAUUGAGAAAACAAUUCAGUAUUUGAUAGGUUCAGGGAUGUACGUUGGAAUAGAAAACAACCCUUAUCUCACUUUCAUUUAUACUUCAUUUCAAGAAAGGGCGACUUUCAUCUCUCAUGGAAACACUGCUAGGCUUGCUUUAAAACACGGGGACCCCUUGUUGGCUCGAAUCUGUGGAACAGUAGCAUCAGAUGAGAAACGCCACGAGAUUGCCUACACGAAAAUCGUGGAGAAGCUGUUCGAGAUGGAUCCAGAUGGAACCGUUAUUGCUUUCGCAGAGAUGAUGAAGAAGAAAAUCACAAUGCCGGCUCAUCUGGUGUAUGAUGGUGAAGAUGAUAACCUUUACCAGCAUUUCUCCGCUGUUGCACAAAGACUUGGGGUUUACACUGCCGAUGAUUAUGCUGAUAUAUUGGAGUUUUUGGUGGAUAAAUGGAAAGUUAAGGAGCUAAGUGAGCUUUCAAGUGAGGGAAGAAAGGCUCAGGAAUAUGUGUGUUUGCUGGCUCCGAAAAUCAGAAGGUUAGAGGAGAGAGCUAAAGCAAGGUCUAAGGAAGCUCCAAGGAUUCCAUUCAGUUGGAUUUUUGGCAGACAAGUAGAGCUCUAAAUUUUAAAAGAUUAGAUGGCAAAAUAAGUGCAAUAAUUGCAUGGCUUUGGCA